CUCUCUCUCUCUCUCUCUCUCUCUCUCUCUCUCUCUCUCUCUCUCUCUCUCUCUCUCUCUCUCUCUCUCUCUCUCUCUCUCUCUCUUUCCUUUUAUUCAGACAACUACUUUUCAAUCUUGUGAGCCUAUUUUGUAGUCAAAAUGACUAAACUAAUUGUAGGAAUGUUAAUUAUCCUUUAAACUGUAAUGUAUUGAUACGAAUUUCAUUUCGCAAACUAUCUAGUUUAAGAUAUUUCGUUCUUGGAAAAAAAAAACGCUUUAGCAUUUCAAAGUGACUUUCAAUAACAUAUUUACUAAUCAAAUGUAUAUUACAAGUGUUUGAGCUAGGUAAUCAUUUUAUAAGACUGAUCACUCAUAAUGUUGUUUGUAUUUUAGUUAAACGAAUCUGUAGUGUGACGUAUAAUUUAAUUUUCGAGAACUUUGUAGCCAUUUAUCUUAACUAUUGAACUCUUCAGCCGGCUCUAGAAUUGUUUUCUACAAAGAUUCAAACCAACAUGAUGGGUAAAAUCAUGUCUUACUUGAACCAUUAACACUACGUAAAUUAGUCACGCUAUUUGAUUUAAGGACCAAGGUCAAGAUCUCAAGGUAAAAAGGCUGAUUUAAGCAUUCUAUUUGGGACGUUUUCCGAAUUUUUUUUUUUCAACUUGUUUUCAGAAAAUAUCACAUACUUCAGUACUUCACAUUGAUGUUCUAAAUAAACCAUGUCUUCUUUUUGUUUAGAAGAGAUUUUAUAUAAUGAAAUCAUGGUACCUGAUUUCUUAAAACAUAAAGAAUAUGACCACACCAUUUUUUAUGUGACUAUGAGUAUCCCUAGCUUUCGAGAAAAAGGGUACGAAUAUGAAUUUUGUUAGCCUAUAAUAAGGGAUUUGAUUUGUAUUCCACAUUGGAAAAUCAAUGGGACAUUAAGUAAUAUAUAAAGGGUUAGGGCCAAUCUACUAAUUGCUAAUUGGUUUUGAGUUGGAAGCCCAUAAUAAACACGAAUCUAACAUGGUAUCAGAGCCCAGAUCCUAAUAAGUUAAAUCCCUAAUUAAUAUUAACCCUACCCGACCGGGUAUAUAGAUCGUAAUUGACUCACUCGACAGAGUAUAACUGUCUUAAAAAAAGUUUAUGAUAUUUCUGGCUGAUAAGAGCCAUCAUUUCGAGGAGGGGUAAUAAGAGAUUUGUAUCCCACAUUGGAAAAUCAAUGGGACAUUAAGUAAUAUAUAAAGGGUUAGGGUCAAUCCACUAAUUGCCAAUUGAUUUUGAGUUGGAAGUCCAUAAUAAACCCGAAUCUAACAGCCUGUAUUUUUCAUAUUGUGUGAAAUAAAGUUAUGGUUUGAUUACAGAGAAACGAAGAAUGACAAUUACAGUCUGAGUUUGCAAGAUUCGAGAUACAGAAACUAAAGUAGUCUUUUGUGAAUAUAAACGUACAUGAAAUCGAAUAUAUGAUCGAUAUGUAUUUCGACCUUUCUUUGAUGCGAGGGUUCCUUUGAAUAGACUAUUUGAGUUUGAGGUAAGGGUUUCCUUAACCGAAAAAGCAUUAAUCUUAGUGAUGGUGACUCCUAAUAAUUAUUUUUCUAUUCUGAAUUUCUGACUGGCUGGAAUUCAAAGUUCGCAUGAUGUUUUUUUAUAGUAUGUAUAUAUUUAUAUCUAUAUAUAUAUAUAUAUAUAUAUAUAUAUAUAUAUAUGUGUGUGUGUGUGUGUGUGUUUAUAUAUAUAAUGAUAACUUUAUGUUCGACUCUUUCUUUUUGUCGUACAAAAGCUAAUCAUUUUCAAAUCUCGAAGUGAUGUCUAGCCUAUGUACAACUAUAUGUAUAUAUGCAUCUUUGACAAAAAGAAUGUGAUCCUCAGAAAAUUUACCUGUUCGAAUAUUUGCGGUGAAAAUAAUAUGGACAUGAUCCGAUGUUGUAUUCAUCAAUUAGAUAAAUAAGUUUCGACGCCCAAUUCAGAAUACAUGUUUAUUGUAAUGUAAAGGAAUAGGAGUGGACUUUCAAACAUCAUGCAAACAAAUAUGUCCAAAGAAUUCAAGCAGCCACCAUGCAUGUUUGUAAUACUUAAGAUUACAAACAUGAAUGUAAGAUUGCUUCUUCUUUUUUUUUUACUUAAGACUUUCAAUGUAAGAUUGCUUAGAAAUAAUUGUUUGUAAUAUAUGUUUACAUGCAUGCUCUUUUAAAAAAAAUGUUUACAUGCAUGUUUGUAAUCUUUUGUAUUCUUAAAAGUUUAUGUGUGAUGAAAACUGUAGAAUCUGGAUCGUAUGUGCAAUAAUUUUCUAUUUUUACAAUUAUACGAGAAAAUAUGUUGAAAUUUAUUUUAAUUCAUUCAAUAUACAAAACUUGUUAACCAACAAAAAAAGCAUGCAAAAGUUGAAUAACACAUAACUUUUAUAGAAUUUUAAAAUCUCUAAUAAAUCAUACUAAACGUUUAGAUCUCCUCCCUAAACGUGAUUUUAAAAUAUCAAAUCAUAUAUAUUAAUAAGUCUUUUUUUUUGUGAAACCAAUGCUUUUCAUUCAUAUUUUAAACAGUUACAUGGAUUAAGGCAACAUUAAAACAGUGAUGUGCAGUCCUUUUAGGAAAAUGAAGAGCAAAGCAAUAUAAAAAUAGGACACAAACUUAGAAAAGUUUGAUAAGAUGUCGAAGGUUACAAAGGUGCCACCCGCGAGUAACCACAUUAAUAAGUCAUUUUAAUUAAACUUUUAACAUGUAAUUAAUUGUGUUUAAACUUUUAUAUAUUAUUUGAAAAUUCAUUAUAUAUAUCAAAUUGUUUAAUUAUAUAGGGAGAACGUAGAAUGCUAUAAUAAAACGCUUUAAUCAAAGUUGAAGGGGAAAAUAAAUAAUUUAAUUUAUUAAAGAGUUAUAAACAAAUACUAGAGCUGGACCCGUGCAUCCGCACGGGUUUUUAUUUUUUAAGUUUUUAAAAUUAUUUAAUGACAUUUCUAAAUAAUAGAUUAUUUGAAUAUUUUUUAAGUUAUUACAAACUUAUUUGGACCUAGAAGGAUUUGACUUAAAUUCUGAUAGGAAAUUUGUAAUAUCCGAAUGAAGUUUAAUUUUAAAACCAAAAAGCUAAUAUCCAAAAAAAAACUGAUUUGUACUCGACGGAGUACUUGAAUGUCCAUGUGUUGAUUAUGUAACAAAUAAAAAUUAUUUGUUAACCCGUUUGAAUUUUUGUUACGAAUGAAACAAUUCAUUCAUACAUGUGAAAUUAUUAUUGCUAACAUAUAAAAUAAAUGAUGUUAAAUUAUUAUAGUAAAUAAAAUUAAUUAUAUAAUUAUAAAAGUGAUAAAACACUUAAAAAUAAGUAAGUUGUGUUUUAUACUUUUUAAUAAAUAUUAUCGAAUAAAUUAGAAAAAAUAAUCAGUGAAAUGGUUAUAAUUAGUUAAAAGGAAAUUAAAAUCUGUAAAAAUUAAGAAACAACUUAAAAUAGGUAAGUAUUAUUUUGUACUUUAAUUUUAGUUUUAGUAGAAUAAAUAAUUGAUUAAAAAUAUGUAUGGUUUUUUAAAUGUUACGUGAUUUAAUUGGGAUACGAAUUUAUUAGUUUAGAUUUGGUGGAAAAGAAAGAUAUCUUUGUAUAUUAACUAACCAAUUUAGAAUUUUCAAUAUAUUUUGGAUAUAAUUAAUACAAAAGAGUGUUCAUGGAAAUCUUGGAUUUGAUUCUAUUGACAAAAAUAAAUUGAGAAAUAAUUAAAACCAAUUGUGUACGUGUUUCAAAACCAAUCGGUAUAUAAAAAUAUUUAAUUGUGCUUUUAAUAGAUUAAUUGGACUGUGUAGAUAAUAAUUAAAACCGAGAUUUAAUUGGUUAUUAGAUUAGUUUUUACUAUAUUCUUUAUGGCCUACUGAUGUAUAAUGGCAUGUUCGAAGAACGAUGUUAUAUAAUGGAUCGAUUUAUUGUGGUACGUUUUACAAACUUUGUAUGCAAAAGUAGUCAAUUUUGAUUUUGUAAAUGUUGGAUCUGAUUCUGUUGACAACACUAAACCGAGAAAUAAUCUAAACCAAUUGUGUACGUGUUCCAAAACCAAAUGGUAUAUAUAAGUAUUGAAUUGAAUUUUAGAUAGAAAUAAUCGGAUUGUUUAAAUAAUAUGUAACUGAGAUAUAUUUGGUUAUGCAUCACGUUUAAAUUUGGUUAGAUAUGGAACAAUAAUUUUGCUGCUAGAAUUAAAAGCAAUGACAUUCCAUUGUAAUUAUUGAGGAAAACUCAGGGUUAAGUACAAAAUAUACUCUUUUUUUAAUAGUUUAGAUACAUACCGUACGAACCUAUUAGCAUUAACAAUAUAUUUAUAUUGAUUAUAGGGCUGUCUUAUCAAGAACAAUGCCUGCGUUUCUUUUUGAUGAAUGGCUUAGAAAAGAUGCGAUCAAGGAGCAUAGAACUUUCCAUUUUUGGAAAAUAUUCGACGGCGAAUAUUAUAUUUCCAGCCAAAAACUAAAGCGUGCAAAGUUACGGCGGACAACUAAUGUUCCAGGUGUUAAUACAGAAGAUCAAUUUAGCUCAAUUCAGUGAUACGUACGGGGUAUAUGUCUUAAUAUAUUUUGACAAAAAUAUAAUGUUUCUUAAUCUAAAAUAACAUAACAUCAUAUAUAUAACUUCUUCAAAAGUAAGUACAAACAUAGUCACAUAGAUCAUUCGGAUUUGACUUUGGGUGUUUUUUUGUGGUUAGAAUGCUUAAAAAUCUUCUUAUAUUCAAGGCGUAUACUGAUGAUCAGUUAUGGGUAGAUCUGAAUAAAAUAUUGGUUUCUAAUUUCAAAAUUUUUUAAAGAAAUUACAUAUAUACAUAUGAUCCCAAAUUUAUAAGAAAAUAUUAUUAAGUUUUUGAUUAAAUCGCUUACCGCCUCCAAAAUUUCAGUGCCAGCCAUGCGCAUAUUAAACUUCCAAAAUUAGUCAUUCCCUCUGUUCUCGAAAAUAAGAUUUUCUAGAGUUUUUACGUUUAUUAAAAAUAUAAUAAAUGUUUACAAUUUAAUUUAUAAUUUAUUUUUAAUAUAAUUUCUAAUAACUAUCCACCAAUAAAAUUUAAUCAAUUCAAAUAUUCACAAUUAAUGUUUCUAAAAAAUAUAAAAUUAAAUUACUUUAAAAAUAUAAAAAAAAUCUAUUUUUGUGGAACAAAAAUAAAAUAUAGAAAAUCUUACUUUCGGGAAAAAUGUUUAACUAGAAUUUAAAUACAUGUGCUAAAUCCAAUAAAAAGAAUAAAAUAACAUAAAAUUGUUUGGAGACCCUAUGUGUGUCUAUAUGUAGACAGUAAAUAUAACGGUCAAUUCUUUAGUGCAUGUGCCUACUUUCAAAAGAGGCAUUUAAGAAUAGUCUUACUUUAAGAACGAGCUAAAUAUAAGGGUCCUCCACCCUUCGAUCCUUCUUAAAUUUCAUACUUCUCUUUUGUUUUAGUGAGACGCAUUCAACCACUUAAGCAUACGCUUUAAAUGCUAUAAGGUUUAAAAUCUUAAUAAUAAUCAAAACCCAAAGUUCUCUGUGAUGGUGAAUCGUGGUUUUUCAACUAAGGUUUUGUCUGGUUUUCUUAUAAUUCUUCUGGUGAUACAACUACACUUUGAGACUACAACGGGAGCUCGACAUGCGCCGGUUGUUUCCUGGUCACCACCUGAGCCGCCAAAUGAUGAUUUUGUGUGGUACCACAAAAUCAAUCGCUUCAAGAACAUCGAACAAGAUGCGUUCAGACCGACUCACCAAGGCCCUAGUCAAGGUAUCGGACACAAGAGCCCUCCUGGAGCUUCUUAAUACCCAUUUGUUUUGGAUUUGGAGAUAUAUACCGCUUUUUCGCUUAGAGUUCGCGUGUGUUUUGGAUAUUUUGUGUGCCGUUUUACGUUGGGGUAAAAGAAAAGAAGAAGAAGAAGAAGAUGGAGAGGACCGUGAAUCGAACAAGAAAAUAAUUUCAGAUUUUUUUUUUCAGAGUGAUACGUCGUCUAUGAAAGGCUAUGAAGACAUCUCUUAGUUUGCUUGUAUUUUUCUUUUCGGUGUUUUUUUGUUCUACGUUGAGACUUGAGAUGUCCAUUCUUUUUAGUCGAUAUGUAGUUAUUUUCUCGGUUUCAAAUAAAGUUAAUAAUUGAUUGCAUUAAUCUUUUUAGCCACCUAACAGUUAAAUAUUUGUUUUAGCUUUAUCAUAGGCAUUUUGAUGUUAUAGCUACAUAAAUUUGAUAAAUAAAAGUUAUGAAUAGUUUCGCAUCAUAUACAUGUUUAAUAAUAAAAGGUUUGCUGUCUAGAUUUGAUAAUUAUCACAAAUCUUUAUAAUAUUCGUUUUGUCCCAAGUUAUUGAUGUUACAUUAAAAUAUGAUUUCACGAAGAAAUCAUCCGAUUGUAUUUUGAUUAACUAUAAAGAACAAUUUCAUACAACGGUUACGUCAUGAGGAAAACCAUUAUCAUGUAUUGGAUAAAAUUUGAACCAGGUUAAUCAUAGUUUUAUCAUCAUAUACAGUCCUAGAUAGCUUUUUUUUUUUUUUUUGUCAUCCAAAACAUUCAUUCCAAACUUAAAAGGAUUCAUACAAGCUAGCCUCUAUAGCUAGCCUAAUCGGAUCCUUUACUUCAUAGAAGCUGAAGCAUUGCUCGCGUGCUCGGGCCUCUUAGCUCGCGUCAUCCAAAACAUUCAGUCCUAGAUAGCUUAUGUACUAAAUUUUAGUAAAAUUUAUUAGUGUUAUUCAGGGCCGUUUCAAACUUUAUAUAGACCCUUUUCAAAAAAGAAAUAAGAUCUUUUUUAAUAAUUUAAAAUAAUUUAGACUUUUUUUACAAACUAUCAUUAUAAUAUAAAAUAAAUACAUCAAUUUAAUUAUUUUAUAUCUAAAUAAUACUAUUUUCUAGUUUUAAUACAAAAUCAUUGAACUUGACUAUUUGGCAUUUUUCAAUGCAAAUUCUUCUAACUUUUUUCAGUUUUUUUUAACGUUUAUUAUAUUCACAAUCAGAAAUUAUAAUCUAUAAAUUAAAUAGAGUAACAAAAUCUGAAUAGUAAUUAAACAAAAAGCUAUAUACUCUUUGAUUAGGCAAGAUACUCUUUUUUGCUUGUCGACAAAAGUUGUAGACUAGUUUUUUUUCUUUGUGUGCUAUUUUUUUAUCAAACAAUAGUGAAAAAAAUAUAUCUUGUUCGCCCAAUUUAUAAUCACUAAUUGAUAAUUGUUUCCUAAACAUAAUCAAAUUAGAAUACUAACUUCCCGUACUACCAUUAAAUAUUCAAACACACAUCAACAACUAUUUCUUACUUUCAAAAAUAUAUAAUUGACAUAAAUACUAAUUACUUCCUAAUUUAUUGCAUUUUUAGUUGGUUAUAUAAACAAAAUAAAGAGUUGUAAUAUAUAUAUUUAUUGGUUAUAAAUACGAAAAUUAAAUUCAAAUAUACUUAUUCUGACUUUUUUUAUAAAUAUAUGUUUUUAAAUUUUUAAUUUAUAACUAUUACUAAAACAAAAAAAAUUAUGAACCCUCUAAAAUUUUGGAUCCUAUUCGACCGUUUCAAUUGCACGUGCUAAAAGACAGCCUGCUGUUAUUCGAUCGAGUUUUAGGUUAACAAAGGUUAUCUUAAAAAGGUUCUUAGCAGAACCUGUUUUAUUAGAAAAGGUAAUAUUCUCGACAAAAUUGAGCUGUAUCUUUACAUGUAGUACUUGUGUAGAUGUUUGAUAGCGAUUCGUAUAACAUAAAUAUCGUGGUUAUACAACAAGCAUAUUAACAUAUAAAAUGAUACAUAAAUGCGAGUGUACCAUCAAUACUAAAAAGAACACUAGCUAGUAGAAGAAUUAAUAAAAGUACAUAAAGAUAUACACUUUAGCAUUUAAGGAAAAAAAUUCCUCCAAAAAAGAACACUUACAACAAAACGUAGAAACUAAGAAUUGAUAUUUCAAUUCAUCUCGCAGUUUUAUUUUUAUAGCCAGACUAUAUGAGAAUUCUUUUGUUUUAAUAGUAAUUUUUGUUGGUCAACUUUUUACAACUCUACUUUUAGUUUAUUAUGUUCAAGUAUCUGGUUUCAGUGAUUAUAUUUUAUAUUUGAGUUAUAAUGCGAUUCAAUUAUUUUGUUCCUUCAUGUUUAAAAUGCCAACCUGUUAUACCAGUUGGUACCUUCUUUCUGUGCAAUACAAUUGGAAAUAUAAUCUAGGGUUGAAAAAUAAGAUAUUUUAGAUUAACUAUCGUGGAUCGAGGUGGACGUUGGACAUAACACUUUUUCUUUGAUGUUGGAUUUGGCAAAAGGUUGGUAAUGAUAUGAUACAUAAAUGGAACUUGUACUAGGUUAUUAACAAGUUGGUGCCAACUAUGUCAUAGUUUAAUUAACAGUAAAACAACUAUAUCAUAUUUAGUAUUCAAUAUGAAUAUCAAAUAUUAUAAUAUUCUGACAAAAGGUUAGUUUCAAUAUUCUAGUUGUUCAUAUAAUAUGUAAAAUGUUUGUUUACACAUAUAAAUAUUUUUGAAGAGUUUUGUUUUAUUCUAAACACUUUUAUAGUGCUUACAAUUCAUUAAACCCCUUAAAAACUGACAAUCACUUUUUAACAAAAUGUAAAUAUUUAACCAAAAUUUUAUGUUUAUUUCGAACUAAAUGAGAUAUCAAUUAUUCAUUCAAAACUUUAUGUAAAUAGUUUCUAUUUUUAUUUUCUAACUUCUACUCAUUGUAUCAGGUACGUAAAUGUAACAUUAAUACCACCAUCAGCAGCAAGAGAGAAUCUUCACCGGCAAACCUUGUGUGUUGGCCAAGUUUUUUUGUCACAAACCAUGAGUGUAGACCAGUAAAGUUAAUUAAAACUUCUAAAUCUAGCAUGAGAUAAGAAACUUUAUCGGCUGGAAUGGUAUAUAAGAGAAGUAGAACAAAAUUGGAAUGCUCUUGUUCAUAAACUUUAUUUUUCAUAUGAAAUUUCUUUCCUGUUUAUGUUGUUGUAUUUGAAAGUGAUAAAUAAAAUUUAUUAUAUGUAUUUUUGUGGUGUGCUUUUGCAUGGAAUAGAGAAAAAAGCUGUUACAUUCAUUAGUCCAAAAUCUUCAUAAGCUCUAUACAUGAUAAUCUUCCAUGUAGCAAAUCCAUGUUCUCUUUUGUCAUCUGUUUAUAGAAAUAUGAUUCUUAUGCGAUGAAACAUCUUUUGUAAAUAAAAUUAUAAUGGACAUAUUGGAUAAAAUGUUGUCAAGAUUUCUGAUUUUUUUUUGUUUAACUACAUAAUGGACAAUCUGUUUUAUUAUAGUACCCAUUGAAAUCUAAUGAUUAGUGUCAGUUUGAAUAUGAUGACCUAGCUUCUUUGAUGGAUCCAUGAAGCAUAUAUGAUACACAACAUGAAUUAGAAAUUAUAAUAAAACAUUACGUAGAUAUUUAUGUGAAUAUACUUGUGUAGAUAAAUGAUCGUGAAUACAAUCGCAUGUGCAUGGUUCUUUGCUGAGAGAGAAUAGUGGAAUCAGAUUAAACAAAACUAUAGAUCAUGCAGGUUCUGUUGAUUUUUGGUGGAUAUCAGCCAGACUAAUCCUAUUGACAUGCACUAUUCUAUCAAUGAUUGUUAAGAACAAAUCUCUGAACAAUCAUUUUGCGAUCAUCCUUAAAAUUUCAAGUGCGAACUUCAAGAUAGAGUCAUCUUUUCUCAAAAUAGAAGGUUCCAUUACUUAAUAUAAUCUUUCUUGAAGGGCCAUGAUCCUGAUAGAGAGAAUCACAAACAUAGGAAAACUAUAAACAUGAUUCGAUACUGUUGGACUUGAGUUAUAACCAAAUUUAACGCCAAUGGGCCGUAAGUCAACUACGGUAGAUGCUAGCCCAUUAUCGCUGAAGCCUGAUUGCUCUUCUUCUUGGACGAUUGUAUUGAGUCUAUUGACUGUAUAUCCUAAUUAUUGUUCGAUUUCACUGAUGAUUUUUAUUUUUUGGUGUAAAUGUUAAGAGUCACUGAUGAUUUUUCUCACUUCUCUUUCUGAAACCGUUGUCAAAAAAAAAAAAUCUCUUUCUGAAACCAUAAGAAGUUAUCACAAACUCACGUAAUAUCCUAAAUUUUUAACUUCUAAGAAUGCAAAAAAAAAAUUAUUAAUAGGUAGGUAGAUUUCGUUUUAAUAUUGGGUUUAUUAAAUCCUAAACUACAUUUAAAUUUGGGCUUAUUUGUGGAAUAGUCAUAUUUUGAACACAAAUUAGGUGAAUGACAAUGAUUGACAUAAUACAAUGUGAGAUACUUAUAUUCCAAACUGUAUCGUUUUGUCUAUGCGCUUAACAAGUUUCCACUUACAAGUGAGAGAGUAGAUGAUGUCGUAUUUUUUGUGGUAUAUUUACAAUCACAUAUGGAAACAAAGUGCAUGUUCUAGAUUUAUUUACCACUUAAUUUUAACAAAGUUUAAAAAAAAUAUAUACGUUUUAAAGUAAAAAAAAAUAUUCAAAGUACGUAAUAUCUGUGAAUGUAUGUGAAAAUUUGAAAGUUUCAAAGUUUACAUUCCAUAUAAAUAAAAUAGUAUAGAACAACCAUUGCAAUGAUUUAGUACCAACGAAAUAACAUAUUACAUAAACUAGAUCCUUUCUCCGCGCUACGCGCGGAUAAUAUAUUUAAAUUUGUUAUAUUUAUCAUUUUUAUUUGUAUGCAAAAUUUUCUAUAUUAAAUUAUAUAUAACUAAAUUUUAAAUUUGAUUUUUUUUAGUUUGAAGUAAAUAUUUCUAUUAUAUGUAACACAAUUAACUAAUAAAAUAUGAAGAAUCAAGUUCGAGAUUUUAGAGUUAUGUAAAAAAAAUAUAAUUAUGUAUAGAAAACAAAUUAUCUUAGUUUAAAAGAUCGGAAUCUCAUCUCGAAUAAAUUUACGAAAAUAAAGUACUCCAAUAAUCUACUUAAAUUAUAAAACCUCCUUU